GUCUUGCUGGAGAAGUGAUAUGCCAUCUUCUAGAACGCGUCAAAAGCAAUAUUUAGUUUGACGUCACCCCGCCCCGGCACACAUGACUACUACAAGCGUUCUGUCUCUUAGGGGUCUUUUAAAUUGUGGCUCUCCGAAGUUACUGAUGACAAAAAGUUCUCCAAUCCGUUUCUUCAGACGUCACUCGUCAUGUUGGACCAGGUUGGGACAGAGUGCGCCCGUGUGAGCGCAGAGAUACGACCCAAGACCAAAAGCAUAGUUCGGGUAGAAGCACCGGUGAUGGAGAACAGCACCAGGAAGAGAGUGAACGAGAAAGAUGGGCUGACUUUAUUACCAAAGAAGCUUCUAGUGGCGUUGGACCUUCUGUGCCUCGUCCUUGGUAAAUAUCUACCAACCACUUUUCUAAGGUUUUUCAUCAACCAAGCUUCCAUCCCUUUCUUUGUGUCUGAGCUGAAGGCAGUGGGUCCGUACAGAAGAGGUUUUAUUUGUGGAGACUGCAGCAUCACCUACCCUUACCUGCGCUCAGAGGCCGUACCAGAUGAAGUCCUCAUCGUUGCUGGCAUCCUCAUCACGGGCCUCACAAUCGCUUUUGGGGAGUGUUACCGGGUGCGUUUCUUAAGUGCCACCUCCAAGGCCUUCGUCAGGAACAAGUAUGUGACCUGUCUGUACAAGGAGUUGGGCUGCUUCCUGUUUGGCUGCUGCGUGGGUCAAUCGCUGACAAACAUGGCCAAGCUGAGCGUGGGCCGUCUGCGGCCGCACUUUCUGUCUGUGUGUGGGGUCACGUAUGCAUUGCUCAACUGCACACCAGGAACGUAUGUAGAAAAAGUCAACUGCUCCAGUAAUGACCAUCGCUUGAUAGAGGAGGCCAGGAAGUCCUUCUUCUCUGGCCAUGCCUCCUUUGCCAUGUACACAAUGCUCUAUUUAGCUUUUUAUCUUCAGACGCGGCUGACGUGGCGCGGGGCUCGCUUGUUGAGGCCCAUGCUGCAGUUCUUCCUGUUUUUGCUGGCCAUCUACACUGGCAUAACCCGCGUCAAUGACAACAGACACCACCCGUCGGAUGUACUAGUUGGCUACAUACUGGGAGCCCUCACUGCAUACUGGGUGGCUUUCUACAUCUCGUCCAUGUUCAAAAGACCAAGCUCGACUCCGUGUCAGAUUGAGACCCAAGACAACCCCUUAUCAGCACAUCACAGCGUCUGCUAAAGCUCGUCUCCACCUCCCUCCGUGCCGGCAGCGGCAUCCAGCAGCCAGCAGCGUGGUGUGAUUCAAAAAAAGAUCGACAGAAUGUGAGACUAUUUCCUGUGAAGUAAAACCUCAUACCUCAGCAUUUUGGACAAGAACAAGGGGGAGCGGGCAGCAGAGGAUGUGACAUAACUGAAUGUGACAGAAAGAGUACACAGCAAUACAGUCAUUUGCCUUAUGGGUUGGUGCCUCUGUUGUUGUUGCCAUGAUAACAGAGCACCGACUUUCAUGGUCAUUUAAGGUAGAUUUGCAUCUCAUGGUUUCUUUGCCUUAGCACUGUUCUUUAGGGGACGCAAUAAUAGGACCUUGUGAUUCUGGAGAUGACUUGGUCAUUCACCAAAUACCGGUGGUCCUCUGUUUAUGACGUUCCGUGGUUAGAAACAAAAAAACUUGAUUACCUCCGCUAAGCGCAAGCGCAGCACGGAGGUUACGUUUUUGCUGGCAUUUGUCUGUUUGUUUGUUUGUGUUCAAAAUAACAUGAAAAGUUCUGAAUGGAUUUGGAUGAGCAGAGAGGAUAAACGCCCGCCAAUACUGGCCUUUGGUCCUAACCGCGCAACUGUGACCAUCAUUAAGGAUAAAGAUUAUUGAAGGCUAAGGGUUGUUUUAAAAAAAAAAAAAAAAGUUUCAUUUAAUUUUUGUAUAUAUUCUUUUUAUUACUGUAUUUGAUAUGUCCUUCACGUGUUCUGUGUACAAUGUGAGUGACUUAGGAGUUAAUUUAGGGAUAAUUUAGGUAUGACUGACAACUUACACUAAAACUGGACUUACACCACAGUCUAGGACAGCGGUCGGCAACCCACGGCUCCAGAGGCACAUGCGGCUCUUCAACCUCCUUGUUGCUGAGCUCCAUGAGGUUUUUUUAACACCGAAGCUGAGGAAAUGUGCAAGAAAUAUCCGACUCACCGCAAAUCAGUGAAUGCAUCCACACUGCGUUAUGACUGCUGAUUGGAUGAGCAAGGGAACGGGGAGGAGGCCGGUGUGUGUUCUCAGUCAGUCAGACCUGUGUUGCCAAUUUGCCGACUUUGUCGCUAAAUCCGGCGACAUUCCAAGCCUUUUUGGCGACAUAUUUUCUCAAAAGCGACUAGCGACAAAUCUAGCGUCGUUGGGAGAUUUUUCUGGUAUUUUGGAGACGUGAAAGUGAAAGCACGUAUUGUUAUGCCGUUUGUGUUCUCACUGACCAGCAGUGGGUGCUGCUGAGAGGUCUGCCCCGCCCCAAUGCAGUCACAAGCAGGUCAGUACACAGUCAGCUCCUGUGGCACACUGAGAGCACAGUGGAGCGCUACACAUCCAUGAAUCACGCAUGCGCAAGGUGGGAUGCUGCUGUGGUGGAUCUCACCCUGUUUUACAGAGCGGGAUGUAAAACGUGAAUGUUUCUUAGUUACUACACAUUACACUCAAACUUCAUUGGGACUCGCUUACUUACCUGUCAGUGUGUCAGAACGUGUGAUGGAAGAACGUUGUGUGAUAAAUGAAACAAGUAGUCCUGACUGCAAGAUAAAAGGUGGAGGCUGGGGGCCAGUCCGGUUGUAAUUAUUACGCUGUCUCGACUUUGAAAGGCGCUGGCAGAGAUAAAAUAUUACAAUUAUUUUAUUUUGAUGAAGUGAUGGCCAAUUUUAAAUGAACAAACCAAGAAUCAAGUUUAUUUGUAGUUCUAAACGCAAUUAAGGUGUUUUUAUUCACUUUCUUGUCUCUCCUAAGAGAUUAUGCUUUUUUCCUACAGCAUCUGUUACAUCAUCAUAUGCAAAUUAGUCAUUGAUGUCAUCCAGCGACUUCUAGGACGAUAGCUACCUUUCUUACUGAGGAGUUGGCAACAGUGAGUCAGACAGGAAAAAGACGUCUUAACAGCGAGCUACCCCCGCGGUAAGCCAUCGUAUCGUUGAAAGACAUUUUCAAAACCAGCGCUCAGCUUUUUCUGAAAAGUACCCAACUGCAGAUGGGUAUAGGGGAACGAUUUCGGAACUGCGUACGGUUGAACAGAGCAAACAUACUUUGAAGAAGUGGAUGAAGGCUCCAAACUCAACUGCAGCUGCCAGCGUUGUGACUGCACUGCAGACUAGAGCGUGGCCGUUCACAGAUGGAGAGUACAUGAAAGAAUCUUUCCUAAAAAUAUCACAGCGCUUAUUCUCCAAAUUAAAGAAAUAAACAAAUUGAAAAUGAGAGAAAUGCCCCUCCCUGCAAAGACAGUCAAGGACAGGAUCAAGUGAAAGAAUGGCAACAUCAACAGCAGGCAAAUUGAUUAUUUCAGUGCAAGCAUACUGAAUUGCCUGUGAUGAGUCAAGUGAUGUAAAUGAUACUGAGCAGAAAGAACCGAUGUGCAGAUAUGUCAUUUCUGCUUUUGUAUGUUAAAGUUGGCUACGUUUUGUUAAUUUUGCACAAAUACGGGAAUGACUCAAAAAAAAGCCUACAUAGUUCAGUGUUUAAAUGAUUUCAAAGUAGGCCUCCACAUGCACUCUGCACUUCUGUUAGUUGAAUUCUGUUUUUGUAACAGGUGCAAUUUUAAAAAGAUUAAAACUUUUAAAAGUUUAUAAGCUGGGUCAUGUUUUGUGGUUCCAGACCAUUUUUCUUUACUGGAAGAGGAGGCAAAAAGGAUGUUUUGAUGCUAAAGGUUGCCAAGCCCAGGUCUAGGAAAAUAACUCGUUCGUAACCAAGGACCACCUGUAUGUGCACAUUUUGUAUUUCUGAAAGCGUUUGAUGUGCGCUCCUGAUAAAAAACAUUUUAAGACAAGUAGAAAAAUUGCAAGAAUUUACAUUUUGCACCUAAGGAGGUUCUAAGUAGAGUUUCAAAAUGCAAAAAGAUGAAAUGGGAGUGAGAAAAAAAAUUAAAGUGAAAUAGACUGUUUAUUAGCUGAUCAAACGUUGAUACGUGAGACCAAAGCUAAAAAAAAAAUUAAAAAAAGGCUCAGUAAUGAGUAGCUGCACCGUUUUUGUUAAUCACCUCAAAAACUGAUUUGGGCAUGCUUGAUGUCAGUGUUUCCAGGAGGCUAGUGGGAAUGUUGCACCAGGUGGUGAAGGUGGCUUCACAGAGGACAUCCACUGUCUGAACUGAUGUCCAUUUUUGGAAACCUCCCUCGCUAUCCAUCCCCAAAUGUUCUCACUUGGAUUUAGAUCCAAAAAAGUGGCAUUAUUGUUCUGGAAGAAGUCUUUUGCCAGGCGGGCAUCGUGGACUGCAGCGUUGUCCUGUUGAAAAACCCACUCAUUACCACACAGACGAGGGCCUUCAGUCAUGAGGGAGCUGCUUUGACGCCCCUGCACAACUUGAAUCUCCAUUGUUCCAUUGAAGAAAAAAGCACCACAGAUCAUGAUGGCGCCCCCUCCACUGUCGUGUGUGGAAAACAUCUCAGGGGUGGGAUCUCCUUGUCAUGUCAGUAAAGAUGGAAGCCAUCAGGACCCAGGAUCGUCCCGUGUCUUGACGAACAGUCAAUCGGAUCCAAAUUUUUUGGGGGUCUACCACUUCUUUGUUCCGUAACCCUCAGGAUCUUUUAAGAAGUUUCAAAUAACUGGCUUAGUGCGUUCAACAUCAGCAGCAAUGGCACACUGCGAGAGGCCUUGCUUACGCAGCUCAACAAUCCGAUGCCGUCAAGAUUUUUGCACAGAUGCUGGCGUUUAAAGGCUCUGGUCUCAUACAUUUGACCAGAAGAUGAACAGCCUAUUUCACAUUAAUAGUUGCUUGAAAUGCUUUGCUUACUCAAAAAUGUUUUUGUCUCACUCUCAUGUAUUCUUUUUGCAUUUGAAGUUCCACCUAGAACCUCCCUAAGAUCCAAUAGUGCAAAAUGUAAAUUCCUGGCAUUUUUCUUAACAUUUUGAUCAGGAGUGGCUUAUUUAAGUUGUAUUACCACUAAGAAAGUAAAAAAUAUUUCAUGCCAAUAUGUCAAACUAAAUCAGUGAAUGUAAUUAUGUUGGGAAGGGAGCCUACUAAGCCACUUUGUUUUCCUCGUACAGUAUAGGAUGUUGUUUCGGCACAUGUUCUGUUUAAUGUCAGAUUUGAAAUGACUAAAAGAAUGUUUAGAUCAUCUGUUUAAUCUUUAUUCUUUCAGUUGUCAAAUGUUUUUAAGCUGUGUAUGUUAUCAAAAUAUUACAGCUCAAGAAUCAAUAA